UGUUUACCAUAUUUUGUUUUUUCUAGCUUAUAGAAUUCUUAUUACCAUAAUAUAUUUCUUGAAAUUGAUGGUAAUAAUUUAGAUUUUGGGUGAUUUAGCAAACCGAAACUAAAAUUUGUGGAUAUAUUUCUUACAGUAGGUAUACAAAGUACUUUGGGCUAACAUUUAAAUAUCUAAAAAACUAAAUCAUAUAGAAGAUAAGGGUGGUAUCAAACUGAGGAAAAAAUAAGAAAGAAUUUGAAUUCAUAAAUGUUUAUAAAGAUAUAACAAUGGAUUUUGAUAAAAUUUUGGAUGAAAUUGGAGAAUUUGGUCGUUACCAGAAAACAAAUUAUUUUUUAAUAUGUUUACCGGUAAUGUUUGCGGCUGCAAAUAGUUUGAGUUAUGUUUUUACAGCUGGUAAUAUAAAUUAUAGGUGUUUUAUACCUGAAUGUGAUAAUUUAAUAGACUCAAAUGUAUAUGACGUUGACUGGAUGGAAAACGCUGUACCAGGAUAUAAAGACUCAGAUGGAUAUUUUAUACCAGAUUCGUGUAGUAGAUUUAAAAUAAAAGAUAAUAAAACCAAUACACAAAAUCACACAACAUGUCCGUCUGAUUGGUUUCUAAUAAAUGACGUAGAAACUUGUAAUCAGUGGAUUUACGAUCCAAAUGAAAGUACUAUUUUGAAUGAGUGGGAAAUUACAUGUAAAGAAAAUGCUUGGAAAUUAGCAUUGGUGGGAACAUGUCAUUUUGCUGGACUAGUAGUAGGUACCGCUAUAUCUGGGUUUUUAGCUGACAGAUUUGGUCGCAAGAUAAUUUUUAUAUUGUCUAUUAUAUUUAUGUCAAUAACUGGAAUUUUACAAGGUCUCGCAUGGGAUUACAUUAGUUUUCUGAUUUUUGCUUUUCUAAAUGCCGUUGGUACGGCAUCUGUAUAUCCUUUGGCAUUUAUAAUUGCAGUUGAAAUGGUUGGAUGUAGAAAACGUGAAAUGUCAUCAAUAAUACUUAAUUAUUUUUACGCAGUUGGUGAAGCUUUAGUUGGACUAUUAGCCUGGUUAAGUCGUGAUUGGAGAACAUUACAAUACGUUUUAUCAGCUCCUCCAUUACUAUUUACUGCAUAUUAUUGGUUAAUACCUGAAUCAGUCAGAUGGUUAAUAACAAAAGAAAAGCAUAAAAAGGCAUUAAAAAUUAUACGAAAAGCAGCGAAAACUAAUCAUAAAGAAAUUUCUGAAACCCUUUUAAAAACAUUUGAAAUUAAGGAUUUGGAAUCAACGAUACCAAAUAUUAAAAAGGAAGUUGAAAUUAUAAAAAAUAAUUCAAAUGGUGUGAUACAUAGUGAAGAUUUUUUGGAGAUUGAAAUAAAAGGAAAAAAAGAAUUUUAUACAAACCAAACUAACCGUGAUCAAAACGAAUUUUAUUCUGAUGAUGAUCUAAAUAGUGUAGAUGCGGGAAAACAAAUUUUAAAUGCAUUUCUUGACAUAAUUAAAUCAAAAAUAUUAAUUGUUAGAUUUUUAAUACUUUUACUAAUAUGGAUUGUUAAUGCUUUUGUUUUUUAUGGAUUGUCUUUGAAUUCGACAAAUUUAAGUGGCAAUAAAUAUUUGAAUUUUGCAUUAGUUUGUCUAGUUGAAAUACCAGGAUAUUCUAUGGCUUGGAUAGCCUUACAAAAGUUUGGAAGGAGAUGGUCUCUUACUGGAUCAUUAUUUCUUUGUGCAGUAACAUGUAUUGCAGGAGGUUUCAUAGCUCAAGGUAUGCUGCUAAUAAGGCAAAUAAUUAUUAAUAUUAUAAGAUACGUGAAUAUAUAAUUUAUAAUGAUUUUGUUUUUAUUUUAAACUUUAGAAGUAGCUUGGGCUACCAUAUUAUUGUUUCUUAUUGGUAAGCUUGGGAUCACAUCUAGUUUUGCUGUUAUUUAUGCCUAUACAGCCGAAAUGAUGCCUACAAUAAUUCGUAGCGGUGGUGUAGGUUUUAUGUCAACAUUUGCAAGAUUUGGUGCUAUGGUUGCUCCAUUUGUUCCUUUACUGGGCUAUUAUUAUAAACCCUUACCACUGCUAUUAUUUGGUGGAGUCUCAUUUUUUGCUGGUUUUCUUGGUUUAUUAUUACCAGAAACUUUUCAACAAAAGUUACCAGACACGGUUGAAGAAGCUGAAAAAAUUGGAUCCAAAUCAAAAUAGUUUUAUACAACAAAAC